AUGAAUUGUGUGCGAGGAAAUGUGCAAGUGGUUUGCAAUGAAGAAGGUAUUGAAUUCUGCGCUACCACACUAUUUCCUUUUACUGCUACGAUUUUUAAUGAAAAGAAGCGAGUUCCAGGGGUUGAUGUGAUCGGCCAAUAUUUUUCUUGGAAAGAUAGUGUAAUGGUAACUGUGACUGGUGAUCGCUACGCAGAAAUGUUGAAGACCUUUCUGUGUCCCACACUAGGCGAUUUGGAUUCCGUUCACAUGUGGCUCCAACUAGACGGUGCCACAGCUAGCUUAUACAGCACGACGAUCGCUAAGAGUGUUAAAAGCAGCAUACCACGAAUAUGA